AUGACAGACGUAUCGCCAUCUACCAAGAAGGUGGACGACUUCUUAUCCAGCUUGUCGCAGCUCUCGCAGGACAGAUUGAAGGAGGAUCAACAACGGCAAAGAGACCUCCAGAGAAACAUUGACGAGUUGAGACUGAGGCUGAACAGCUCGUCUCCCGUAAAGCCCUCACAUAGUCACGUCUCUUCCUCCGAACGUGGGUCGAACUAUUCCACCAGUGUUCCCCUGUUGAAGUUCAAUCGAACUUUGAAAAGAGACCCGACUGAUCUACCACCUCCAUUACCAAGAAGACGGGACGAAGAAGCGGACGAAAAUGCGCCUCCCUUGCCCAGAAGAAGGGACGAAGAGUUUGCCCCUCCACUCCCAAGGAGAAGAGACGGCGAAGUAAAAAGAACACCGCCCCCAAAACCCGCAAAGAGCAUUCCUAAUGACGUUCGCAAUUCAGGUUCCAAAAUCAACUUCAUAGAUGAUCGCCAAUCGCUUGGUUCCCGCCUGGAAGAGACGUUCCAGAUAGAAUUGAUGAACCCUGUGGCGAGACCCCAGCAGAAAGGCUCAAGACCGUCAGAAAAGCAGAGCCAUCACCAAUCUGAAGAAGCGGAUGCUAGGCGUCCAAAGGUCUUCCUGGCUUCAGAACCGGAUGAGCCCCAGAAAUAUAGAUCCUUUGCUGAUAUGGAGAAGCACAUCAGGAGCUCGGGUCAUGAAAAGGUCGAGUCCUCAAUACAGAAUGUAUUUGCAGUCGAUAAGACAUCAAAUGAGGCAAAGUCUACGGAAUAUGUAUUCGAAAAGGGCCAAGAAGAACAAAAAGCUGUGAAACCAACAGAUCAAAGAAAACCUGAAAUUAAGAGCAAAAAGCCUACUUGGGUACCUCCAUCCACCAUGAAAAACCCUCCGUCGUCGGUUUCGCAACCAUUGUUGCCCCAAAGAGUUUAUUACUCUUCUUCAAGUAUCCAGAAGGGAGUACCCAAAAAAAGUGAACCAGAAGAGGAAAAGAAGCAGCCUCCGCCAAAGCCUGGUAAGCCGGGGAAAAGUGAUUGGUUAAGCUCACUUUCGACCAAUAGUGUUACAACAUCCCAUACCCAAGAUUCCUCCAGCAACUCGGGCAUUCAAAAACCAAAAUCAGAUUGGCUCUCUUCUACUAUGACGAACAAGGCUACUACUUCGACAAUGCAAAACCACAGCAAGACCCCACCCAGCACGAAACCAAAGUCAGACUGGUUGUCUUCAACUCUUUCAAAUUCAAAGUCUACAGUCUCACAGCAAGAAACAUCUCCAGUUCCAUUUUCUAGGGGUUCUGGAAAAGGAACUGACUGGAUGUCGUCUCUUUCAAACUCCAAAUCUUCUUUACGACAGUCUCCUUCUCACUCAAACUUUUCACCAGGUUGGUCUACACUGAAAGGUGCAAAUUCGGAAAUGAGUUCUUCGCCGCUGAUCAUGGCCGGUAAGAAGCCAACAAGUUGGAUAGACAGUGCUCUCAAAAAGAGCGACUCGCACAAGUACAUCGAGAACCCGUCAAAGCCUUCGUUCCAGAUCGUGAAGAAGGAUUCAAAGCCGGAGUUACCACCUCCAGCACAAAACAAACCUGAGCUUUUGAGUCGCUUCGAACAAUUGAAGCAUCCAUCAUCCGAAACCAGAUCUCCCGAGUUGUCGAGUCCCAAAAAGAAGGUGCUGCACGAAGCUCCAGAAUACCUUUCCCAGCUUGAAAAUCUCAAGAAGAGUAGGUCAAGCAGUCCUGUCAAGCCAAGACCUGCUGUUGGUGUGGUAAAUGAGGAUGAUGAGUUGCUAAAGAGCACGAUGUCCAAGCUUAAUUCAGGCAAAAGUGCUCCAGAAAAGCCCGGUAAACCAUCGAUCGAUAGGUAUACCAAAAAUGAAGAGGAAUUACUCAAAUCAACGAUGUCUAAAUUAGGUGUCGGCAAAAAACCUCCACCAAAGCCAGAAAAACCAUCGAUUGAAAAGUAUACCCACGAGGAAAAAGACUUACUUCAGUCGACAAUGUCCCGGUUAUCAUCUAAACAAAAGCCAGACGAGCGUAUAAAGCCUCCCACCAAGUACGAGCAACAAGACACUGAAUUGUUGAGAUCGCAGAUGAAGAAAUUAGGAUCGAAACCUGUGAAUUACCAUCAGCUUGAUAAAGCAGAUGAGACGAUUGAGGGAUUGGUUGCACUCAAGAACCUAAAGCGGAGAGAAGACGACAAGCCAGAAAAGCCUGAGAAACCAGAGAAGCCAGAAAAGCCAGAAAAGCCAACAAAGCCAGCGAAUGCAGAGCAAUCCAAGCAGUCCAAGCAGCUGGAACAAGAUCAGCCAGAAAAACCAGCGUCUAGGGAAGUAGCAGGAGAGCAAGAUAACAAGCCAUUGAAGGCCAGAGUGCCCGAAAAACCCACGAAAUUGGCUAGUCCAGACAAGCAAGCUGGAUUAACACAAUCAGGCAAGCCUGGUUCAUUCCAGGAUCAGUUAUCGUCGAUUCUCCGUGCCACCACGGUUCCCGAAAUGAAGCUGGCUGUAUUGACUCGGACCAAUACAGACCCUACACCUGCGGCCAACGCGAAAACUCCCAGGAAGGAUACCAGUGCUUCGGGUGCCCUUACCCACAUGAACAAGGGCAGGUCCAAGGGCCCCAAGAGAAGGCUCCCCAAGAGCAAACAGGCAGGAACCACUACUAAAAGUGCGGCUGCGGACGAGGCAAUUCCAGAUUACAAGAACAGCAACGCCCAAAAAAAGACGCCACCCGCCAUCAACAAGCUCAGCAAGCCCAAGGCGAUUCCCGAGCUCAAGCCCACACGCCAGUUCAGCGGUGAGUUAUUCAUCUGA